GAAAUGAGCUAAACUGGCAACACUGCCAUCACGGAGAGAGAGUUUUUGAGUUUUUGUUUAGUUUUUAUUUGAUUGCAACUCGGAUUUACGCCAGCCAAGAGCAUAGGAACAGCGCAAUAAUUGCUCGUCGAUUGGCCGAGGUCGAUAAGAACAGUGUGGAAAGCUUCAGCCGAAGCUCAGAAGAACUGAACUUCAGAACUCGAACUUUGUCCACCAGCGGUCAGCGGUCGCCUCGCAUCCGAAAACGUCGCCCCGAAUCUAUGUAUGAUUGCCCAGCGGAAUCAAUAAACGGGAGACAAUAGAGCAGACAGCGGAGCAGGGGCUUGCAACACCAAUUCGGAUUGCAAAAUAGCGAAAUAAGUAGGAAUGGCCGCCAUCGAGGAACGCUUCCAGGCCGCGGUUAACGUGAUCAAGGGACUGCCCAAGAAUGGACCCUAUCAGCCCAGCACCGGCAUGAUGCUCAAGUUCUACGGCCUCUUCAAGCAGGCUACAGAGGGAGCCUGCCUGCAGCGAAAGCCCGGCUUCUGGGACAUCGUUGGCAAGGCCAAAUGGGACGCGUGGAAUGAUAACCGUCAUAUGAGCAAGGAGCAGGCCAUGCAGCGCUACGUGGAGAGCCUGCAGGAGAUUAUUGAGACAAUGUCGUUCACGGAGAACGUGCAGAACUUUGUCGGCAGCCUCGAUAACCUGGGAAACAUUAAUCUGGACGAACUGGAGCUGGUAUCGCCGGGCAUGCGAGAGCUGGCCGAGUCGCAUCCCAACUCGCCGUUCCAUUCGCGCACAAACAGCCCACAGCACGGAUCUAGCUGUAACGGGGAGGCGGAGUUGGAGGAGGCACCGCUGGCCACAUCCGAAACGAUAAAAGAGAACGGCCCCAGUGCGGUCCCAGUGGUGACCAAUGGCCACAUUUCGCCGCCACUGACCAAUGGCUAUGGCUCCAAAUCCGCCAACUAUGCACAUGACAGCCACAACUACACGAGCAAUAGCAGCGUAGCGAUUGUGGAGCCAUCGGACGAUGAGUACGAUGAUCCCUAUGAUCUCAGCCACGAGCUGACCCAGGCGAUUGCCCAGAACACGGACCUGUUGCGCCAAAUUCAGACCGCCAUCUCGCGCAUGAACACCGAUGUUGGUGCUGUCCAGCAGCGGGUUCGUAGCCUGGAACAGGCGGUAAAUGAGGUGCGAAAUGUGCAAAAGUCAAGGGGAACGACUGCCGCCUCGUCGCGAUCACAGCCCGCCUGGUGGCCGCUAAAAAACAUCUCUCCGCUCUGGUUCGCCGUCCUCAUACUGUGGCCUUUCCUGGUGCGACGUUUUGCACGAAUGCUUCAGCAGCGCAGACGCUGACACAGAAAGUGUGCAAAAGGAUGCAGGGACAUGUGGUAGUUAAAUUAUACCUUUGGUUACGGGCACGAGCUUGGUCUUUAGCUUUCGUUUAUCCACGAAAGUUGUUCUUCGGUUAUUGUACAGAGUUGGCCUUAUUUAUAAUAUUUUCAAAUCCAGUUGCAAUAUCUUUAUCCUACUUUUGUACUCGUACAUAUUUAUGUAUAUUUAUUUUGUAAAACGAAACGCGCGACCUUAUAUAUUUUGUCACAUUCCCCCAAUCAUCCAGAUAUUAGAUUGUAAGUCGAAUGUUUUCGCACACCUUCGUCUGUUGAAAUACGGUUGUAAGCGCUUAAACUUUAUUGUGCUUUAUUUUUGUUGUAUUAUAAUUUUGUAAUAAAAAAACAAAGACAAAA